AUGGCUUCAUCUCCUCUUUUGGUAGAAGAUCGUCAAGUUCCUCUAGAUGCUACCUCCGAUCCACCUGCUCUAUUCGACGGAACCACGAGGUUGUACAUAUGCUACACCUGCCCGUUUGCACAACGUGUUUGGAUCACCAGAAACGUCAAGGGUCUGCAAGAGAAGAUCAAAUUGGUUCCUAUAGACCUUGCUAAUAGGCCAGCUUGGUUCAAAGAGAAUGUAAAUCCUGCAAACAAGGUGCCUGCACUUGAACACAACGGCAAAAUCAUUGGGGAGAGUCUAGAUUUAAUCAAAUAUGUCGAUAGCAACUUUGACGGUCCUUCGCUUUACCCCGAGGAUCCUGCAAAGAGAGAGUUUGGUGAAGGCUUGUUGAAAUAUCUUGAUGCAACAUUCGUUAAAACCGUGUUUGGAUCUUUCAAAGGUGAUCCAGCUAAUGAAACGGCAUCGGUCUUCGAUCACUUGGAAAAUGCUUUAAAGAAGUUUGAUGAUGGUCCUUUCUUCCUCGGCGAGCUUAGCUUGGUUGAUAUUGCAUAUAUUCCAUUCAUCCAACGAUUUCAAGUCUUCCUCAACGAGGUUUUUAAGUACGAUAUUGUUGCCGGACGUCCAAAACUAGCUUCUUGGAUUGAGGAAAUGAACACGAUGGUUGCAUAUACGCAGACGAAACCUGACUCGGAAUAUGUCAUCAAUUUUUUCAAAAAGUUCAUGGUAAGAGUUACGUUACUUAAAUUCUACAAUGCCGAAAUGGCGUUUUGA